AUGAUCCCUUCAAGACUCUUCACACCUCUAAAGAGACAGCUCUCCCAGACAAGUCCAAGGACAACUCCAACCCGAGAUCCAAUCAACACCCCAUCACAAGCUCGCCUCCUCUCCUCCACGUCUAGCAUCCAGGCAAAGGUCAACCACCCAGACAUCGACACCUUUAUACGAUACAGCCUCCGCGACGGUCCCCCCCAUACACCACGACCGAAACCGCACCCGCGCCCGCACCACCGCCGUCCAGGCACAACACCACCAGCGAAUAACACACACCCAGAACUCGCAUUACUAGUCCCAUGGAAGCAGCCCAGCGUAGCGGUAGGCGAAGCAGCAGCAGCAUCAGCAGCCAAAACCCAUCUCGCAAACGCCAGAAUCGCGACGGACCACCUCCGCCGGCGCCGUCUGCUGCAGUCUCAGCAACAGCAGCAGCUGCCAUUCUCGAAACAUGUAGGUGGCAUGAGGACCAUCGCGGCGGAUAUGGCGAACCGGUUAAAGACCCUGACCGAAUUCGCGAGGUUGUCUCGUCCGUCCCGAGAGUCGAGAGGCUCUGACGACGGCGGCGGCGGCGGCAACAGUGACACUCGACCGUGUCAAGGGGACGACGAGGUCCUACUCUCCAAACCUGACCCCGAGAUGGACAGGAAACCACCUGCUGCGUAUUGGAUCGCCUUCAUGUCCGUCGGUGUCUUGUUGCAAUGCCUUUGGGAUCCCUUUGUAAGCUCAAAUUCGAGUCAAGGACCCCGGGGGAUGGGUGAAGAUGCGGCGAGGUCAGGAGGGACAAGGAACGUUUUAGAAGAGGAGCCAGAGGACAAGGACGAUGAGCUCCAAAAGCUGCAGUAUCUUGCGGCAGCUUAG